AUGGCCUCCGCCAACAACCCCGAUGCGACACUCCAUACCGCCAUCGAGUCACUCGGCGAGGACUCCUCUUAUACCGUUCACCGCCUUCGACAUGCAUCCCCUGAGCAUUUGUACCUAACCACACGUCGCUGCUUCGUUGGUCCGAUCCCCGAAGGCUGGCUCAGGAGCCAUCGCAAAGAAUGGUACAAGCACUAUCUGGGCAUCCACCAUUCGUCGAAAGCUCCUUCCUUUUCUGCCUCGUCUAACGUCGAUCGCCGUCGUCGCACCACUGGUCUCGACGCUCCAAGCACCUCUGCCCUCUAUCGCGCAAGCUUUCCCCAACCGGAUAAUGAAAUCGACGACGGUGCCGACUCGGACGGCGAGGUGACCAUCGAAGCGCCGGCCGCUCUCGACAUCCCGCGAUCAGGACAGAGUGACCCCGGUCUUUUGAGGGAGACUCCGGAAGCUGCAGAGGAAGCCCUGUCCUCAUACACGACAGCUCAUACUGUGACCUCUCCCUCCACACCGACCCCUCUUGCUACACCAAGGCCCGGCGACGCCCAGUCAGGUUACAUAGAUGCACGUCCAACCAACAACCUUCGCAGACGUCAGACUUCCGAAACCUCCUUCGUGACGGCCUCGGAUGGUGGCUCCAUCAUAAUAGACGAACCUGACAUUUCUUCUCCGACUCAAUCUGGCCCACUUAGCGAUAAUGACAGCACGCCGAGGAACAGUCCUCGAGCAGCAGACCUGCGAAGUAGUGCUUCUUUUGGGACGACCAAUCCAGCCACACCAGGACCUACCAGUUCCAACACUUUCCUCCUCGGGCCUCAGCAUAGUCCACAACUCGACCACACUGUGAGCGGACAAGACACAACAGGUGCCGGAGAAACUCCUGAGCAACAGCAAGAGGCAACAUCCAAUGUGAAUCCCGAACAACGGUCUCCUGGUCUUGUUAGAUUCAACAUCCCGGACAACCCCAUCUUGAAACAAGAGAUGCAAGUGCGAGCUAAGAUGGCGCAAGGCACGAAAUCCCGGCUGACUAGAAGGUUUACACGAGGAAAGCUGAAAGAUGGAGAGAUUGUCAAGGUAGAAAAGAUGCUCGUUCGUCUCGACAUCACGACCGGCUCGGAACAACCUAAUGAAGACUACGAUGAGAAAGACAGCCAGCGAGUCGAGACAAGAACCACCGAAAAGUGGAGGGAGUUCAUGGUCGUAUGUCGAGAGAGCCACGAAGACGAUGCUGUCUUGUGUCUGCAGAUGUACAAAACCAGAGUCAUUCCUGCCACGAAUCAAGACAAGACCAAAAAGCGAUACAAACAUCAAAUUCUGCUGGACCCAACCAAGCUCAAGGUGAAUCUCUACAGUAGUCUGGACAAAACUCUGGUGCUCUGGCAAGCCAAAGGACCUCGAACGAUCAUCUGUUUCCUUCGACCUCAAUCUACCCCCAGCGCUGUGGAGUGGUACACUUUCUUGAGAGGCGUUCUCGGUUUGCAUCGGCCACAUACUCUCCAGAUCAACAUUCCGGACCUGUGUGUUAAUCUCAGACUUGAGAAUCCGUUUGAAGAGCUUGAAUCAUCUGUAGCUCUACAGCAAGCCGCAGAAGGCGACGAAGCCGCUAUUGCCAAAACCAUGGAAGCUGAGCGAGCCAUAGCCUCGAAGAUCAUCCACCGUUGUCUAGAACUGCUAGCCCAAAAUAGCGAAUGGGACGACGUUCUCAAGACAUGGGGACACAAGUCGAAGAUCGGCCUUGCCUGGAAGCGCUACGAUCGACUGGAAUGGGUGCAUGGUAUCAACGAACAUAAGAUGUACGGAACCAUGGCUUUGCAACGAACUCACGAGUUGGAGCUGCGACCAAAGCAACACUAUCCGAUGACUGUCAAGAUGGCCAAUGGUGAAACCAUGCAGGAGCCUGCACCAGUGGAAGGCUUCCUCAUCCGCUUGACCUCGCAGAAAGGAAAUGACCAAAAGUUUGGAAAGCUGUUCUACAAGCGACUAUACUUCAGCACACAAAACAACUACCUUCUCUUCCUGCGACCAGCCAAAGCAAAACCUCCGCCACCACCAAGAAUGCCAAUGACGGAGAAUUCGAACAUACCGAGCGCCAAACAGAUUGCAGAGAAGAUUCCUCUGAUCUAUGCAGUCAACCCUUUUCCAAUGCUUGGUGACACGAUAUCGUGGUUGGCAGACCCUGUCAAAGAUGCCGAAGAGAGAAAGAGACAUGAUCGUGACGCCUAUGAUGAAGCGGAACGGAAUGCACAAUCUUUACUGGAUUGUGAUGGCUUCAUCAACCUUUCGGACAUUGUUGAGGUUCGGAACGUGGUGAGAGGCGCAACGCCGGCUGAUGAAGUUGUGGAUGAAGGACCUCAUGUUGACUUUGACGCCGAGGUCGAGGACAGUCACCACGACGAUGGAACAACAAAAGACUUUGAUGACGAACGAACGUUCGAACUUCUCAUGCGAAAUGGUUUGGUCGUAAGAUUGCAAGCGUUCAGCAAGGCUACCAAGAAAGAGUGGAUAAAACGACUUCGAGCACUGGCAAAAUACUGGGCACGACGAGCUUCUCAAGAUCUGGCUCUUUUCAAAUUCGUUCGCCAACAGAACCUCGACACUCUGAAUCUUGACAUGCAAGCAGAAGCGUACGUGGGAAUGUUUGCACACAAGUGGGAAGUCACAAAGUCAUUUGCAUCGCCCGAACUCUACAACGUAUGCGGUAUAUCGAAUUGUCGAGCGAUUCAUAGGUCAGGAAUUCUCUUCCGCAAGCCUCGUGUGCAUGGCACAUUCUCGCGCUGUCACGUCAUCCUCUGUCAUGGCCAUCUUCUUGUUUUCAAGGACACAGUGAGAAGUACCACGGGCAAGAAAGUAUCGCACAUUCAUCACGAACGUAUCGCUUCGAUCGAUCUCCGAGAUUGCUAUCUCUACUCAGGGCUCAUUACUGCAAACGAUCUGUUGUACCAUAAUCGCACGUUCGACAACAAUCGACCAGGCAACGACGCGCUUCCUCGCAUGUACCUCGAGGACGGAUGGGCAAGUGCAGACGAUGAUGCCAUGACUACGUUUGUGCUGUGGACCGGACAACACAAAGGAUGGUUCAGAGCAAGAGAAGAGGACGAAAACGAAGGACAGCAAAAGAGUGGAGGCGCUCGCAACAAGCUGAAGAGAGUGUCGCAAUUGGGCACCAAAGGCCGAGCGAUUGUUUUCAAGGCGAGGAGUCGUACUGAGCGAGAUCACUGGGUAUUGGGGAUUGAAACGGAGAUUGAAAGAUUGUCGCAGUCUGACGAGGUCCGAGUUGUUGGUGAGGAUUUAGAUGGUUGA